AUCAUUGUUCCGCACUAACUUCGGGUUAUUCAACAACUGACUGAAAACAUGGCGAAAUGUUUCUUGUGAGGCAGACAAAAUGUGUUCAGUUUUUAUAGACUUAUUAAAUUAUUUCAUUAUAUAUAAAGUUGUGUUAGGUGUAUUGUAAAAAAUGACAACUUUACAAUACGUUGUUCAUCCUUUACCGGGAACGGAGGAUCAAUUCAAUGAUAGAUUAAAGGAAGUAGCAGAUAGAAUAAAUCGUUUAGGCUACAACUCACAUCCUGGCUUAUCAAAUCUUCGUGCAAGUGUAAAAAAAAUAUGUCUAGCUUCGACUUAUAUAGCUCUUCUGUUAGAUGAUGGUCAUGUUUGUCGUGUUUCCUAUAACGUUUUACCAGAUAGGUUAGAUUUGAGUAAAAAUGAUGCCACCAAAAAAUCUUGGAUGUUGCGAAGUUCGGGAGGGGGUGGAACUGGGGGUUCUGGGGCUGGAAAUGGGGCUGGGGGCAGUGGCAGUAGUAAACCUGCUGGAAGUGGCAGACAGAUUACAAGAACUAGAGCCAGAAUUAUGAGAUCCAAUACUGCCAUUCGAGGGGGUAGUAACAGUGGUAGUAGAAGUGCUCCUGUAAUAAUAGGAACUAGUACUUCUAGUAGUGGAAGACCUCUUGUUACUGUACCAGCUCCAUAUGUGCCUGAAGAGCUUGUUUCACAGGCUCAGGUUGUUUUACAAGGAAAAAGUCGAAAUUUAAUAAUUCGCGAACUACAAAGAACAAAUUUGGACGUAAAUUUGGCAGUAAAUAAUCUUUUAUCUCGCGACGACGAAGAAGGAGAAGAGGGCGAUGACGCAGCCGAUUCUUACGUACCGGAAGAUCUUAUCUCUCUAUUGGAUGGCGGUUUUCAUACCGACCAUUCGGUCAUCAUCGACGCCGACGCCAUGUUUUCCGAAGACAUGUUCGGCUACACCGGAAUCAGAAACUUCCUUAACAGCCGCGGCAGCAGCAGCAGAAACCGUUUGCCCGAUCGCGAUGCACCGCCCAGCAAUAAUUCCAGUUCCGACAGGGACCGGGAAAAUUUGUCGCGUUGGAGGGAUCGCCAGUAUUUUGGACCCAGAAGAUGGCUGGAAACCGCACUUAGGGACAGCCCUUACGAAAAAGAUUUAGAACACAAAAAGAAAGAUACCGCCUGCCCUAUCUGGAUAUCCGACGAUUUGGAGUUUUGGCCUGAGCCAGCUCCAAAAUUUGUUCAAAUCGCAACUCUUUACAGCGAGCUUAUAGCUCUCUCAUCAACUGGACAGCUUUAUCAAUGGAAGUGGAACGAUCAUGAGCCUUACAAACAUGCAGAGAAUCCAAAUAUUCAUCAUCCAAAAACUAUACCACUAAAUUUGACCGGAGAAAAAGUGGUUCAUUUAUCAGCUUGCUCAACGAGGUGUUCCGUUUCCACUGAAUCUGGAAAAGUUGCAACCUGGUUAGAUGAACUUCUUACUACGGCGUCAAGCAAGCUGGAACAUGCAGCGCAGGCCUACACGGAGUUUCAAACCGAUAAAAUCGUAGCACUUCAUACGUGUCCUCUCUACACGGUAGCUAGAUUGGAUAGCGGCAGCCUUUAUUGGUGGGGUGUGUUGCCUUUUGCCCAACGCAAACGUUUAUGGGAGAAAUAUCGCACGAAAUGCCGAAAACAGAGACCAUCUAGCAACCAAUCGGAUAUCACCACGGGCUCGCAGGUUUGCAUGAAAAACAGUCCAAUGUAUCAGCCUGGAGCGAUUGCUUUUACGGUCGCCGGUGGAGUGCCCAAAGUGGGUCAACUUCAAAAUUCCGCUUGGACUUUGAGCGACACUUGCACAUUUAAAAUCAUCAACGUUGACAGUAAAAGUACAACUGCUGGGGACAAGGGACGUGGAGAUGCUAGUGGACCUGGAACCAGUGGACUAACCAAUUUAUCGACUAAAAAUACAUCAAUAAAAGAAAACAACGAUCGUUUAGAUAUGCCACCUCCGCCGUCACCAGCAUCCAGCACGUGCAGUGACACAGGAAGCAUCACGAACAGCCACAAGCGUCAAAAACGUCUUGUGGCAACCGGCUCCGAAUCUAGUGGAGAUCAGCGCAAAGACGAAGAAGAAUGGCUGCUGCGCGACGUUAUUUUCGUGGAAGACGUGCGCAGCGUGCCCACCGGUCGCGUACUAAAAAUCGACGGCAGCUACGCAGCCGUUAAAUUCCCGACUGCGCAUACUAAAGAACGCGAAUCGAAGGACGCAGACGAUAUUCUGCAGGAUUGCAGGCUGAUGAGAAAAGACGAACUGCAAGUUAUUAAAUCCUCGUCGAACUCCAGAGUUCCGGAUUGUUUUCAGAGAACGCCCAGAAGAGUUCAAAUUUCGGAAACCGGAGGUCAAAUUUUGACGGUGGCUGUCGACGGUCAAGGCAUCCAUGCGGUCGUAAGAAACGGCACUAAAUUAAGUUACGUGGUGUACAACAUAAGCUCUGGCAGAGUCGAGCAAGACAACGCUUUUCCCAGCGAUACGGCCUCAUUUAUGGGCUUGUACCCAUCUUUGAUUAAUUUGAUUUGUGCGGGGGAGAGUUCUGAAUCGAUUUUGAUAUUGAGGGACGGAAAUAACACCAUAUAUCCUUUGGCAAAAGAUUGCGCUGAAGCUAUAAGAGAUCCACAGUUUUUGGAUUUACCUCCUGUGAAAUGUCUUGCCGCUGGAACUUUAUCCUUGCCCUGCUCUGGCCUUAAUAUGAAGAACCAGGUUGCUAUAUUGGUGUUUGCGUUGGAACAACAAUUGUUGAUGCCGAAAAUUUUACGAUGCGAUAUUGAUGGUGUGCGACAAGUUUUAUCACAAUUGGACAAUGACAUGAAAAGUAACAAUGCCAUGCCAUCAUUCUUAAACGAACGUUGCGACGGCAACAGGAACAUUUUCCAUGCUGUUGUCAAUAUGUGCACACCCACAUCCAACAAAGACGCUGAUAGCGAUGCGCAAAAUUUCGUUCAAGAAGAACCCUUGCCAAAUCACAACUGGCCUCCAGAGUCCUUCGAUGUCACUUCUGGCGACGAGGAUAGUCUCAUGGGUUUGGGAAGCAGUGCUGCCAAUAAAGGAAACAGUAACAGCAAUAAUGCCUCUAGUAAUCUAAUCGUUGAUCCAGCGGAAAGAAGAACCAACGCAGUGCAGAUAUUGCAUUCUUUACUCUUUGAAUCUACUGCUUUGGAGUUGCAUCUUAUAGAAUUGUUAAGUGCAAAAGAUGCUCAGGGUCAAACACCAUUCAUGUUGGCGGUAUCCUCCCGAAGCUAUCCAGCAGCUUUGGAAAUUUUCGAUCGUAUCAAUAAAUUGGGUACCGCGCAGGAGAAGGAAGAAAUGAUAUUCCCCAAGGGUUCUAACGCCGACCAUUCCCCACUGCAUGUUUUAUGCUGCAACGAUACGUGCAGCUUUACGUGGACUGGCGCCGAGCAUAUAAACCAGGAUAUUUUCGAAUGUCGCACCUGUGGAUUGACCGGAACGCUUUGUUGUUGUACCGAGUGUUCAAAGGUUUGUCACAAAGGGCACGACUGUAAGUUGAAAAAGUCUUCCCCCACGGCCUACUGCGAUUGUUGGGAAAAAUGCAAAUGUAAAGCUCUGAUUAUGGGCAACCAAACUGUACGUUUUGAGCUGCUCACCAGAUUGGUGAAAGAGACAGAUCUAGUUACUCUAGCAAAUUCACGAGGAGAGAGUAUCUUGUUAUUCUUAGUACAAACUGUUGGCAGACAGAACCAGGAACAAAGGCAAUUCAGAACUUCAAGGCCCAGGACUGCUUCAGCAAACUCAAGAAACAAAACUCCAUCUUCGGACAUUGAAUCUGAUAUGCCAGAGCACGAUCUGGAACCUCCACGGUUUAGCCGCAAAGCUCUAGAGUGCCUUUUGGGCGAUUGGAAGGCCGUAAAAAGCAUGAUCAUGUCCGGAACGCGGGAAUCUAACGACACUCAGUACGCCGAUCAGCCUUAUGUGGCUGGUCAAACGGGCACCACCCUCCUGGACAAAUUCACUCAUUGUUUUCUGGUCAAAUGCCAGAUGGUGUUGGACAUUCUCCUGGACACCCUUAUCAAAGAAAUGAAGAACCCCGAUCCUAAACAAGCCGAAGCCGCUUCGUUCGUUGCCCGUAGGUUCGUCAGAUCCGUCGUCAGGAUAUUCGUGAUAUUCAGCAUUGAGAUGGUGCCGAAUGCCUUGAAGAGAAGAACGCUUGUGAAUCAGAAUCAACCGUUGACGAAGUGCAAGAGGAUUUUCCAAUCGUUGUCCAAACUUUCCAUCGAGGAGUUGUGCGAGACAGCGGAUUCUUUGAUUGCGCCUGUCAGGCUUGGUGUUGCUAGACCUACAGCGCCAUUCACCUUGGCCACAUCACCAAAUGAUAUAUUAAACGGUUCUGAAGAGUUAUUCCUGGUCGAUCCUCUUGCUCCAUCAGGUGGGUCUCGUUUAGCUACCAAUACCGCUUCUAACGAUACGUACCCGUUCCUGGCUGAGGCUGUACGUAGAGCUCGAGCCAGCGCGAGGGACAUGCUUAACGACGUCAAUGACGGCGAAAGUAUGGCCAUCGAUAACGAUGACGACAACGCGUCGGAGCACGAAGACGCGCCCACCGAUGCGGACGCACCUUCCGGCGACAGGCAGGUGUCGAUGUCGGAGAGCGAGGCGCCCGAAGUGCCGUCCGAUCAGCAGGAGAACGCGCGCAUGCAGGGCGAGGACAGCGACACGGAGCUCGACCUGCUGGCCGAGACGGAGUCGGACAGCGACGACAAUCACAGCAAUCAGGACGCCGCCUCUGCGCAGAGGUCCGUUCAAACGGGUGCCACCGCAGGUUCCGACACCGGAGGUAUGCUGCUAUUCCCCGAAGACGAGAGCGGCGAUUCUAGCCAGCAGGAGGAGGAAGAAAGCGAAGCGGGUGAAUCUGAUGAACAAGAUACCGAGGACUAUACUUUAAAUGACGAGCAAUUAGAAAGAAGAAGAAGCCGUUACAGCAAUGCGGCGGGUCAUGGUCAACGCGGCAACUUGGCGCCGCAGAACAUGCAGUGGGCGAUCAGAUCGCGCGAAGCCAGCAGAUCGACAGGAGUUCGUCUCGCCAACGGUUCAAACUUGGUCUUUAUUGACCCGAGCUCACUGAGGAGGCCGGCCACAGGCAGCGCAACCGUAACUGCCAGCUCCGAACCCAUCACCAUGUCGACCACUGCCAGCUGUUUGGCUAGAGCCUUUGGUAUCGUUGUGAGACAAAUCGCUGAUUUGCUGACAACUAUUUCGGACGUAAAUCAGCUUUUGCCACCUUCUGCACACGUGGAGGGUACACAAGACGACAUUCUUAAUGUACAGAUUUAUUUGGAGUUUCGUUUAAAACCCACCUGGGAUUGGUUGUUGACCGUAAUGGACGCGACCGAGGCGCAAUUGAAGUUUGGUGCGUCUUUAACAAAUUCUUUGGAUCUUACAAGUCCUGGUCAUCCACUAAACGCUGGUUUAAACGCUGGAGGUGGGCAACGCACUGUGCCUGCAGCUACAUUGGCUUCACUAGUUGGUUCUGGAUCGACAAGUAACGCAAGAAGUCACAGAACGCACGCUGUUACAGGCACUGCCGGCGGUACUACUGGUAGAAUCGUAGGUUUUUCCACAAAUUCUGAAGGUGGACGGUCCAGACCUGAAAGAGAAAGCGGUGACGCGCACGCGGCCAGAAGGGAAUUCCUUUCUUAUUGUCUUUCACUGAUGAGAGCACACAACAACGAACACUUGGAUUCUCUACCGAUUCUCGAUGUUUCGGCUUUAAAACAUGUAGCGUACGUGUUUGACGCUCUGAUUUACUUCAUGCGUUCCGGCACUUCGGAGGGCAGCGUAGAUAACGAACCUCGCGGCGCCGGCACCAGGGACGGCAUUCCGCUGCCGCCCUGGCACGACCAGGACGAGAACGAAAACGAAGAGGCCGACGAAGAUAUCGCAGUUGCAAUGGAAACAGACUCUCUGGACGAUCAGGAAGUCUCCAAUUUGAACGCUUCCAACGCUGGAAGCGGUAAAGGUAGAAAACAUUCGUUUUUCCAACGCUCUGAAUCCACGUUGUGUUUGGGUUGUCCUCCGCCCGAUCCGUUCGAGACGCCCAUGUCGGAGGCUCUGCCACUGGCGGACCAACCGCAUUUGUUGCAACCUAAUGCGAGAAGAGAAGAAUUGUUCGGUAUUCCUAAACAACCCGUUACUCUUAACUCGUCAGGUACAAACUCCGAUAACCCCCUAGAACAACUGCCGACUAAACUUAGUUUGUCGACUCGUACGACCCACUACGCGAUGAGUCAGCCCGCCAAAGCUAAUCACCCGAUAUCGAGUUCUCUAAACGUGAUGGGUCCCAAUCCUCUGGUGUAUCCGCAAAGUUACGACCCAGAGGCGGAUCCUGAAGAAAAACGCCUGUCUAAAGAAGUGCAAACUGAAACUGGCACGGGACAAUCGUCCGCAAGUGCAAGCUCAUCCAGCUCUAAAACUGAGACUUCAGUCGUUUCAAGCUAUAAUAGUUUGACGGAAAUGCAACCGUUUGAGACACUUUUAUACGCGGUCAAAAACGAAACUGGAGACAUUGAUGAGAGGCCUCAAGAUUUAUCAAGGAGUGUUGAGAAAUCCAAUGAAAAUUAUGCGGGUGAACCCACAGCAAGACCACAGAUUAUAGUGUCUCCCAGAAAAGUUGCAGAGACAUCUAGCCAGGAAAUGUUCUCUUCUGGAUCUUCAAGCUCUGGUCUGCAAAAUUCAGAAAGCAAUACAGACUUAUACAAUCAAGGAACCUCUGGUGCUCUAUCCGGAGGGUCCACCACACCAUCCAGAAUCCCUAGCAAGAGUGUCAUUGUCAGAGCUGGAUCCUCAGCGGGUGGUAGUUUGUCCCAGAAGCUGGGCGAUUCUGAAGUUAUGAUGUCUUUAGACAACCAACAACCAGAAACCUUGGAAAACCAAGAAAUUUCCGCAAACGUGACAGUUGUGACAACCGCGGUAAAUAAUGACGUUGCUAAACCAUCGUUAGGGCAAUCCGUAUCUCACGAUUUGCUGCUUGGCAGAUGGCGUUUAUCUCUUGACUUGUUCGGUAGGGUUUUCAUGGAAGACGUCGGUUUGGAACCGGGUUCCAUAGUUUCGGAAUUGGGCGGUUUUCCUGUGAAAGAAGCGAAAUUUAGACGCGACAUGGAAAAACUGCGCAAUAAUCAGCCCAGAGAUUUAACGUUGCUCAAAAUCGAACGCGACAGAACCCAGUUGCUAUUGCAGACUUUUAAAGAACUAAACACUCAGUAUAACAGUUACAACCGACGUACUUCAUCUUCUCCCCCGUUGGCCGUCAGUCGCGUAAAGGUGACAUUCAAGGACGAGCCCGGCGAAGGCUCCGGCGUGGCCCGCAGCUUCUACACGGCCAUAGCCGAGGCGAUCCUUUCGAACGAAAAGCUGCCCAGUCUGGAGUCGGCGCAAGUGGACAACAAGUACUCGUCGCAGUACAGCGUUCUGCAACGGCUGCGCAGAGAUCGUAGCGACGUGCUGCGCAGAUCUGUGCCGCUUAGGGGCUCGAACAGGUCGUCCAGAGACCAUCAUAGGCGCACCAUGAUUGUUGACGCCAGGCCAUUUGUGCCCAACGACAGCAUGCACUCCGAUGCACCGUCCAUGCCAGAUAUAUCCACAGGGGCAAACAAUCCUGCUGGUAGUUCCAGCAGUAGCCAAAGUAAUAUUGCAAAUCCCAAUAGAAACGAACAUCUCACAAGUCAUCAGCAACAAUUAGGAGAUAGACUUUAUCCUAGAGUAUACAAUCUUCACCCUACGUUUGCGGGUCGCAUCACCGGCAUGCUUUUGGAGCUGUCUCCAGCGCAGCUUCUCCUCCUCUUAGCGUCCGAGGACUCGUUGCGCGCCAAAGUGGAAGAAGCAGUCGAGAUGAUAUUGGCUCAUUCUCAUUCGCAGCAGGAGCUGACGUCCGAAGCGCUCUUAGAGCUAGAUGUUUUUUCGUUGACAGAUCGAGGCCCGUCGUCGCGGAAGCAGAGCGGCGCCGCGCGUUCGACCGCCGCCGGCGAGAACGCGGCCGCCGCCGAAGAGAUGCCGCAAGACGAGGAGGACAACGCGCCGCUCUUCUACUGCCCGGGAAAAAGAGGCUUCUACGCGCCGAGACAGGGCAAAGCUUCGUUCGAACGGAUGAACGCGUUCAGGAACGUGGGCAGGUUGUUGGGACUGUGUUUGUUGCAAAACGAGCUGUGUCCCAUUUUCCUUACGCGACACGUUCUAAAAUCCAUUCUGGGCCGGCCGAUUAAGUUCCACGAUCUGGCCUUCUUCGACCCCGUCAUCUACGAAUCGCUCAGGCAACUGGUGGUCGAUGCCGAAACCAAAGAUAGCAACAGUCUUUUCUCUGCAUUGGAUCUUAAUUUUACGAUCGAUUUAAAUCCUGAAGAAGGUGGCGGCACAGUUGAAAUCAUGCCCGGCGGUAAGGAAACGGAAGUGACAUCAGCUAACGUGUACGAUUACGUCAGAAAGUACGCCAAGUACAGGAUGAUUAAGGUCCAAGAAAAAGCAAUAGAGAGUAUUCGUUCUGGAGUUUUUGACGUUUUACCGGAAGGUUCUUUGGACGGUUUAACGGCCGAAGAUCUUCGCCUCCUCCUUAACGGCGUAGGCGACAUUAACGUUGCCGUUCUAAUUUCCUACACUUCCUUUAACGACGAAUCGAACGAGAACAUCGAGAGGCUUGUUAAAUUUAAACGGUGGCUCUGGUCGAUUGUCGAAAAAAUGUCUCAUCUUGAGCGACAAGAUUUGGUAUACUUUUGGACAGGUUCACCAGCGCUACCGGCUAGUGAAGACGGUUUCCAACCUAUGCCGUCAGUAACAAUUCGCCCUGCAGAUGACGCCCAUUUGCCGACAGCCAACACUUGCAUCUCCCGACUUUAUAUUCCUUUAUACAGCAGCAGAACCGUACUCAGGCAAAAGCUGCUGCUGGCCAUUAAAACAAAGAAUUUUGGUUUCGUGUGAUCAUAUUUAUUUUAAGCCGCACUCUUUCUUUCUUAUAAACUUGAGUUUAAUAAAUUUUGUUUCAUGAAGGUGAUGUUUAUGAUUGACAAAAAUUAAGGGUAUUGUGAUUGUUGAGUGAUAAUCUUGUAAAUACAUUCAGUAGAAAGGCACAUAAUCAUAAAUGCGCUCAAAUAUUAUUUUAUACACUUGUGCCAAUUAUUACAAUAUACUGCUUUAAGUUUAAUAUCAUCUGUUAUGGCAGUUGUCUUAUCUACACCCUGUAUAGAAAGUAUUUCCCUUAUUUUCGAAUAUAUACUUAAAUAGUGCAACAAAAACAGAUCACUUACUUAGUUUGCAACCUUUUUUUGUUCAUAAAAAUAUCUUGUUAACAAUUAAUGUAAUCUUUCAUUAAUAUAAUUUCAUGCAAAAAAUAAUAAAUAAAUAAGUUUAGUUGGUAUUUAGGAAUAAUUCGAAUUCUAGUUAUCAUACAAUAUAGCGAUUUCGAUUAUCAGACUGUAAAACUGAUGGAAUGAAAUGUCUACAUUAAUUAGCAUUUGUAUAUAUGGAAAUUUGAUAAGCCUUAUUAAAUAAUAAACACAUUUUAAAACAAAAC